CAGAGCCGUGCGGCGGAAGAAGUAAGUUCCGCUCCGGAUCUUGUCUUCCAAUGGAUCGUAAUGGCGAACUUAUCUUCUCCGUCUCGCGUUGUGUUUUGGUUUUUCUUCUGCCACUAACGUUUGCGUAUUUCAGUGCCGACGGAACGGACUGGGAGCCGACCCGGCACUCACGGAUAUGCAGCGUUCAUUUCGUCGGAGGUGCGUCCUCGAAGGAUGUUUCGUCCCCGUCGUAUGCGCCGACGAUAUUCCCCGAAGAGUACCGCAAGCGUUCGGUGCUCCCUGAGGAUAAAUCCGGACGCUACGAAAGAUACAAGAAACGGAGGACAGCUACUGCAGCUCUGCCCCAGACCUCAACGUCGCUGCCAGACUUGCUGCAAGCUGCGCCACCAACAGUGGUGACCGAGGCUCCUGUGGAUCUGCCAGCAUCUCCAGCAUUCGCACCAGAGUUUGGAGAACCUGAAGUCACUGGACAACAUAGUGAAGCUCGUCAUCAGGAAGGUGUGGAGGUAUCAACUCAAACAUCAUGGACAUCAGAGCCCCAGGAUCAGGGUGUGCUGAUGAUAUCCUGCGUCUUCUGGACUGGUGUCUGCGAGGCAUCCACCCAGGUUGCAUACUUAGCGCACAAACGACCGACGACUGCUGAUGCAAGUAUCGCUGCGGUGUGCCUCCAGGAUCACCAACCGAAAGGUUUUUAUGGUUACCAUUCUUUGGUGAACCACAGUGAAAAGGAUGAUGCUCUGAGGGACCUUACCGGUGUGACUGCCAUGGUGUUCCUGGCAUUGUUGAAUUUGUUGUCAAAGGUACGUGGGGAGCGAUACUUGGAUCUGGGUAUGGAGAGCAAGCUCCUGCUUUUCCUGGUCAAGAUGAAGCAUGGACUGACCUUCUCUGCCUUGGGUGUAUUGUUUGGUAUCCACCGAACCAGUGCAUCGCGCAUCUUCUACACGAUUCUAGAUGUGCUCUAUGUUAGUACGCAGGGAUGGAUCCAGUGGUUUUCUAGAGAUGUUGUUCAUGCAUCAAUGCCUGCAUCGUUCCGGUCGAAGUAUCCCAAUUGUAGGGUUAUCGUCGACUGCAGUGAAGUCCGGAUUGAGAAACCGAGCAAAGUCUCUGACAGAGUGAACUGCUGGAGUAAUUACAAAAGUGACUUCACGCUCAAAUUUCUUGUUGGCAUCACGCCAUCUGGGUACAUUACAUUUAUUUCAGAUGUUUAUGGCGGAAGGGCAAGUGACACUUACAUCAUAGCAAACUCUCGGCUGGUUAACCUGCUAGAACCAGGUGAUAUGGUUAUGGCCGACAAAGGGUUUCCUCACGUGAAGUGCGACUUGGAGAGUAAAGAUGUGACUCUCGUUAUGCCACCAUUUGCAAGAGCUAAUGAACAGUUCACGGAGGCAGAGAUGAAGGAGACAUACAAGGUUGCAUCUCAUCGAAUUCAUGUUGAGAGAUGUAUCCAGCGGAUUAAGAGUUUCGCAAUCUUGAGCCAAAGGUUGACGCCAGAACUCAAAUGCCACAUAGACAAAAUUCUACAUGUAUGUAGCAUGCUCGCGAACCUGCAAGGUCCCGUCAUUAAGACUCUGUGAGAGUUUCGAACAGAAAUCUGUGCUUCCGAUAAAGUACACAGUGCGCAAAAAGACAAAGACCGACGAAAAGAAAGCAGACAGGAUGAGAGGACGAAAAUUAGCAUUUGUCGUGUUUGUUCCUUUUUCAUCAGUCUUUGUCAUUUUGUACAAUCAGUCUUCGUCGUUUUGCACGCCGUGUAUUUUAUCGUAAGCGUGAACCAACUUGCCCACGUUGCCACUAUGAAUCAGAAAUAAAUGGUCACACACGUUUUAUUUGUGAUAUUUCAACUGGACAUUUGCACUUCGUAUUCCAUACAGAACAAUUUU